GUGGGUGUUGCGCAGUGAGCUCUUAGGGAACGGAAGUCAUUUUGCUCUGCAGUGCCCCCGCCUUUCUGCCUGAGCUAGCUGGGUGCGGUUGCUUGCUUGUCCUCUCGAUUUCUCCUUCUCUCUCCCUCUCUUUCUUUUUCCUCCCUCCCUCUCUCCCUCCCUCCGUCCCUCCUUUUCUCUCUCCCUCUUCCAGUUGGUCGGGAGCUUCUAGCGUUCGGCGGCAGCGUCUCCUCUGCUCCUCGUUGCUGGGGUGCUGUCCAUCCUUUAGGGUCCCUGCUGAGGGGUCUGUCUGAAGAGCCACUCCGUUUUAGCUGUUCAAUAAAGAGCAUCCUGAAGUUAACCUUCUAUGUGGAAGAGUGUGGGGAAAACAGCCUGGCUAUUCUGAAGGUUCUUGGAACAGAAUAAGGCACUUGUGAACAUCAUGCCCAAGUUUUACUGUGAUUACUGCGAUACCUAUCUCACUCACGAUUCUCCAUCUGUGAGGAAGACCCACUGUAGUGGAAGGAAGCACAAAGAGAAUGUGAGAGACUACUAUCAAAAAUGGAUGGAAGAGCAAGCCCAGAGCCUGAUUGAUAAAACUACCACUGCAUUUCAGCAAGGAAGAAUCCCUCCCAAUCUUUUCUCUGCUCCUCCACUAGGAGGGCCUAUGAUCCCACCUCCUCACCCUAGCAUGAUGGGGCCUCCCCCUCCUGGGAUGAUGCCUGUGGGGCCUCCUCCUGGCAUGAGGAUGCCCAUGGGAGGUCACAUGCCUAUGAUGCCUGGCCCUCCAAUGAUGAGACCUCUUCCCCAUCCCAUGAUGGUCCCCACUCGCCCAGCGAUGCCCAGACCAGACAGAUAAAAUAAAGGAAAUACAAGGAAGCCCAUUUCUCAGUUUUCAAUUCUUUGUUCUAUUUCACCAGAACAUCAUGGUGCUGGGCCUCAGAUAUGUUUUUUUUUCCUUUUUUUUCCCCCUUCCCCUUUUUAAAACAUUGACACUCUUUUACAUCAGUCACUUUCAGUGGUCCGACCCCUUUCCCUACUCUUCAGUAUUUCCUUCCCCUGUGAUAAAUAAGCACAGUGAAGAAAAAAAAGCAUAUUGGACAUGUCCAAAAAUUCUCCCUUUUUCUGCACCAACAGUUUUAACUUUGCAGUGGUUCCCCUUCCCCUGCCCUUCAGUAUUUCCCUCCCCUGUGAUAAAUAAGCACAGUGAAAAAAAAAAAUGAGCAUAUUGGUCAUGUCUAAAAAUUCUCUUUCUCUGUACCUAUAUAGUUUUAACACCUCUCUGCCAAAGGAAAAGAAUGGAAACGUCCUUUACCAGUCCUCUGAAGUCACAAUCGCAUAAUACAUUCAUUGAUCAGAGUUUUGAAGUCUAUCAGUGUUGUGUUCCUUAAUAUUGUGGUGAUUGUGUAAAUUGUUUUUCCUGUUCCUACUUACUUUCCCUCUACCAUUAGUUCAUAGAAGCCAUGACGUAUUUCUCUAAUCCAUGUUCAUUUCUUACAGCAAAACAAUAUCCCAUCACUUUCAUAUAUCUCAUAUGUUUGGUGUUUCUCAAUUGGUGGGUAUUGUUGGUUUGCAGUUCUUUGCUACUAUAAAAAGUGCUGCUAUUGAUAUUUUGGUGUAUAUGGGACCUUUCCCGCUAUCUUUGCCCUUCUUGGGUUAUAUGCCAAUAGUGGUAUCACUGAGUCAAAGAUGUGUUUUAGUGACUUUUUAGAGUAAUUCCAAAUCAUUUUUCAGAACUGUCAAAUUCAUAGCUCCACCAAAAGUGCAUUAGUGUGCCUAUCUUUCCACAGUCCCUCCAACACUGACCAUUUUCCUCUUGUCAUCUUUCUCAAAAAUUGUGUAAAGUGAAGCUUCAGAGUUUUAAUUUGCAUUUCUCAUUUUAGAGAGUUGGAGCAUUCUGUCAUGAUUGUUGAUAGCUUGCCAGUUUUUGUUUUUUUUUUUGCUAACUGCCCCAGAGGUGGUUUCCAAACAUGUAAGAAGACUUCCCACUUCCUGUCAAAGAAACAAUUUAAAAAGGAAGAGUGGGGCAGAAAUGCAGCUUAUAUUUGUAUUGUGACGUAUAAAAAUAAAAGUAUUGAUUGUUUUAGCAUUGAAAA